CACGGUGGCAACGUCAUGCAAGAAACAGCAGUGUGUAAUAUUUUUUUUAUUGUAAGCGCUGUGGGAAUUUACUUUUAUUUGUGGCAAUUGUAAUUUGAUCGUCGAAUUACAGAGCCCUUUGUCAAUUGGGAAGACGAUACUUCUGCAAAUAACAAACUCAUGAAUUAAAAUUGUAAUCAUGUUAAAGGUGUCUUCCAUUUCCAAAUAAGAAAACUCACUUUCUGUGUGUGUCGUCGGUGUGCCCUGUAUAUAUGCACAUAAAAAGCGCAGCGUUCGUUUUUCGGUUCAACUUUGAAUACAAAUACAGUUGAAAAUCCGCAAAUUGACCGACAACGUUAAAGAAAAAUGAGAAGAAAAGAAACAACAAAUAAUUCAACAAAAAAAAAGUAAUGCCAUACAACGCAAGGAAUUUAGUUCUUGGCUCGUUCGUUUUAAACCAUCGUUAGUGAAUUGUGUUUUGUGUCCCUCAUUCGUAUAUAUUGCAGAGCAACUUGCGCGCUCGUUAAAUAAAAAGUAAUACUUGCUACAUUUUUACUUUUCGUUGAUUUUUUCGUAUAUAAAAAUCGGUAAUAACACAUACAUAAGUACAUAUUGUUUGUUGUACAUGUGGGUACGUGUGUGUGAGCUCCGCGUUGCGUUUUUUUUGUGUUGAGCAUUCUAGCCGCUGAGGCGCUAGUGUGUGUGUGUGUGCAAGUGUAAAUUUGAGUGUAUUUGUGUGCGAGUGAGAAAAGAGGCAGCCACCGAAAACAACAACAACAAUAAUAAUAAGAAGACUACAACUACACAGUCGCAACUUACACACACACUCGUCAUGUUGACACUCUUAGGAGCUCCGGUUGCACUUGCAUAGUGCUGCCAAUGAUCCAUGGAUGUGGUGUAACGUUUAUAACCAUUGGACAAGGACAAGGACAAGGACUAGAAAAAAAAACCGGACCCGGACUAACACAAGGGCUUAGAGAAAGCCGUGAAGAAUCACAGCCUGAAAAUGCCACGCUUUCGCAAUGAGGAAGCGGGGGAAACACGGUACAACGAUGGCGACAUCGUUUGGGUUAAGCUACACAACUCGGAAAUUUGGUGGCCCGGCGAGGUGACCUCAUCACAGGACUUUCGCUUUGAGAACUCCAGUCGCCGACCCUUUGCUGUCGUCGAAUUUUUCAACGAGAAGACCUACGAACAGGUUUACACGCCAAAGUUGAUAUAUCCCUUUCAAUGUGGCCACAAAAUGGAGUUAAUUAAACUAGGCACAAAAAAAUAUGUUGCCCAAGACAUGAAGGACAAAUUUAUCGAUGAUGUGAAUCAAGCUGAAUCCCGCUGUGUGGGAAAUAACCGAGUAGCAGCAACACCGGUAACAACAACAACAACAGCGACAACAACAGCAACCACACCUGUGGCAGCAACAACAACACCAGCAGCGGCAACAACACCUGCCGUUAGACCGGAGAGUCUGAUACAGGCGCUGUUAUCGAGCAACAGCAGCUCUGCCAGCGUCGGCAGCAGCAGCCGCAGGAACACGAGCAGCCAAAGUCGCAGCACAUCAUCGAUGCCAUCCCUAUUGGAGGAUACAUCGAUACGCAUCAUGGAUUUGGGAGCGACGUCGUCUGAUGUGGCUAAUUCGCGAUCCGAUGGCCGUCGAUCGGAACCCGUCAAGUGUCACAUGUGCAACUAUGUGGCAAGCAAUGUGAAUGUGCUGCUCUUCCAUCGACGCACGCACACGGAGCUAAGCUCAAGCAGUCGAGCAGGCGAUGCAACAACAACAACAACAGGAAUGGGAACAGGAGCAACUGGAGUGGGAACUGCUCUCAACAGUCGCCAGCAACAGUUGCAACAAUAUCUGCAGCAACGUGCCACACGACGUGCCAACACAUCAAUGAGUCGCGAUACAUUCCCAUCAUUGUGGCGCUGCCAGUCGCGUCACGUGUCCAUCCAGGUGGAGGCGGAACUCAGUGAUGCCAAGCAGCGCAAGGUGAAGAGCAUUGCCCAAUCCGCCCUGGCGCGCAUCGAGCGUGAGGUGAAGCCAUCCAGGGAGCGACGCCGCGAGCGGCAACGCGAGGAGUGGGAGCGGCAAUUGGACAUGGAACUGCAGGCGGAUAUGGCCAGUGAUUCAUCAACGUCUUGCUAUAGCGAUGACAGCAACAUGUUGCAGCAACAGCAACAGCAGCAACAGCAACAUCUCCAGCAGCAACAACAACAGCAACGACGUUAUCCGCAUCGCAAGCGUGGUCAUCAAUUGCGUGCCACAAUGCCAGCACCAGCAGCAGCAGCAGCCGCAGCAGCAACAGCAACAACAGCAAUAACUACAGCUGCCACAUUGCUGCCACCACCAACACCAGCGAAACAACGUCGUCUGACACGUGCCGCAAGUCGACAGCACUCCACAACAGCGGCAGCAACAACAGCAGCAACAACUGAUGCAGCAGCAACAGCAGCAGCAACAUCUGUAACAGCAACAGCAACAUUUGCUGCGCCUUUGAGACGCGGCAAUGGACAACGCUUGGCAGCAGACAGAAGACGCACCAUGCACGCCUUGAGCACGCCCACCAACAACAGCAACACCCAUAGCAGCAGCAGCAGCAGCAACAACAUCUCCAGCAGCAAUGGCAGCAGCAGCAACAACAAGCGCAGCAAUCAAAUGCGCAACACGCUGACAAUGAGUUCAAGUCCAAGUGCAAGCUCAACUUUAAUGUCACGUGCGCGUGGCAAACGUGCCACAGCAACAGCAACAGCAGCAACAACUCUAACAGCAACCACGCUAACAACAAGCACAACAAUUGCAGAAUUGCAGGCGGAGGAGGAGGAGGAGGAGGAAGAGACGACGGAGGAGGAGAAGAAGCAGCGUGAAAUGAUUGCCACAUCAAUGUUGCAGCCAAAGCUGUCACAUAUAGAUGCCUCGCUGGCGUUGCAACGCAGUCUGUUGGCCGAAUGGGGAGAGGAUGAGCUGGAGGAUGAGCAGGAGCAAAUGCCAACAGCAAUGCUCAGCAAUAGCAAUGACAAGCAGCAGCCGAAAGAAGCAGAAAAGAGAACAACAGCAGCAGCAGCAACUGUUGCUGUUGCCGCGAGCAGCUCUGGCUCCUCGUCAGGUGCAUCCAAGAAACGCAUACGCAACAUACCAAAGAAGGAUCGACGUGAUGUGGUGCUGCAGGAGUUUGAUGUGGCCAAUGAGAAGCAGCAGCAGCAGCAGCAACAGAAACAACAGCAACAACAACAACAACGUGUGCCAGAAGAACCCAUUAUUAUACAAGACAGCGAUGCCAGCUCCAAUGAGAGCGUUGUCUUUGUGGAUGCAGCCGAGGAGGAGCUGCAUCUGGCCAAAAGAAUCAAUGCGGCAGUGGCAAUAGCAACAGCAGCUGAAACUGGAGCAGCAACUGCAGCCGCAGCAAUUGUUAGUGGCGGCAAGAAGACGACACAACAUAAUUCCUCAUCCUGCUUUGACUUUGCCGAGGAGGAGGAGGAGGAGGAGAUGGAGGCACUGCAGCCAGGAGGUGUCACAGUGCCAGCAGUUGGACCAAAUGGCUUAAGCUACAGGCGGCGCAAUAAGCCGCAGCUGACAAAUGGCGAGAAGGAGAAGGAGCAGCUAAAGGAGCAGCAGAAGGAGCAAGAAAAGGAACAAGAAAAGGAGCAAGAAAAGGAACAGCAGCAGGAGCAUGUAAACGAAACAGAGACUGAGCCAACAAACGAUGAGAUUUUCAAGGGAUUCAAUGAGCAGCUGCAGCAGGAGCAAGCACAAACACAAACCCAAUCCCAAUCCCAAACCCAAACACAAGUUGCUGCUGCAGCGGCGGAAGCAGAGCUGGAAACGGCAGCAACAGCAGCAGCAGCAACAGCAGCAACUGUUGUUGCUGUUCCAGCUGCAAUGCCUGAAGUGGAGCUGGAAGCGGAUGCAGAUGAUCUAUUGAUGCCGAUCAAGGAGCGACAGAAGCGCAUCUUUAAAUCGCGCAACAAAUCGCAGCAGGCAAUGGAGAAGCUGCAGCUGGAUGAGGAGCAGCUGCAGGAGAAGAUGGACACGGAAAUGGAGACGGAAAUGGAGGAGGAGUUGCAGAUGAAAAUUGAAAUGCAAAUGGAGAUGGAGUUGGAGGCGGAGGCGGAGCAGAAGUUGCUGCAGACAAGAUUGCCGCUAACGCCGCCAGCAAUAACAGAUGGAGCAGCAGCGGGAGCAGAGGAAUUGGCAGUGCGAGUGAGAGAGGAGAAAGUGGAAUUGAAAGUGGAAAAGGGAACAGAAGCAGCAGCAGCAGCAGAAACUAAAAAAGCAGCAGCUGCUGAAGAGAUGGAAUCAGCUACUCCUCAAACCACAACAACUGCACUUGCUCCAACUGCUGCUCCAGCUGCUCCUCUGCUGGCCAAUGGCUCCAGCAGCAGCAGCAACAACAACAACAAUCAGAAACAGCAACAGCAACAGAAACAAAACCAGAAGACUGAACGACGCCAUAAAAAGAAAUGCAAAUCCAAAACAAAAUCCCAAUCCCAAUCCCAUCCAUUUCUGUCCGCCAUUAAAUCGAUCAUUGGAACGCAUGCGAAACCCAAAUCUAAAUCCAAAUCCACAUCCACAACCAAGUCAAAAACCAAAACCAAAUCAAUGGCCAAGUCAGAGACGCCGCCAACGCCGUCACCCGAGGAAUUGAGCAACAAUUCCAAUUCACAGUCCAGUGGCAACAGCAACAACAGCAGCAACAGCAACAACAGUCACGCCAGCAACAGUUGCAACAGCAACAGCAACAGCAGCUCCAUAGUGUCCAACAUGGCGGUCAUUUCGGCGGAGGAGGCCCGAGAGCUGCAAAGAUCGGCGCCCGCUUUGACCGAAGAUUCGGCAACAGAAUCCAGUGCGGUAUUGAUACUGGAGGACAUAUUGUUGCCCAAUCUGUAUGAGUUGCCGGCCAGUGCCUCGUCCGACAACAGCAACAGUUGCAGCAGCAACAGCAGCAGCAGCAACAAUAGCAACAAUAGCAAUACCAGCAGCAACACUAGCAGCAGCAGCAGCAAUCGCAGUCAGAUACGCAGAUUGCCGGCGGAGCAGGCAAAGCAAGUGGAGACGGAGGAGCUGCAGCUGCAGCUGGAGGAGCAGCUGGAGGAGGAGGAGGAGAUAGAAGAAGAAGAAGAGCAGCAGGAGAAACAGACAACCACAACAGCAACAGCAGCAACUGUUGCUGUUGCUGUUGCAACUGCCGCUGCAAUCGCAGCUGAUGCUGGCGAGGAUGAGGCUGGCGCAGAAGUAAGUGGAGUUGGCACAACAAGUGAAGUAACGCCCGUUGCAUCACCCGCCAAAAUGUCAUCCUCCUCCUCCUCGUGCUCAUCCAGUUGGAAUGCACGUCGCGAGGUGAAACUGAAGAAGCGCGAACUGGAGCUACUGCGUCAAUAUGAAGCGGAUCUCAUGAGUGGACGCAGUGCGGAAAAGUGUCGACUGGCACGUGAGCGCUGGACGCGCAGACGCAGCAAUCCCAAGCCGCCAGCUGUGGACAUAGAGGAGGAGAAGCAGCAGCAGCAGAAGGAGGAGGUGGUGGUGGAGACAGAGCUGGAGCAGCAGGCACAGCAGCAGGAGCAACUAAUGCCAAUUGCAGCAGCCACUGCCAGGCCGGAGGAGCAGCUCAUGAAGCCGCAGGAGGAGCAAGAGCAAGAGCAGCAAAUGGAGCAGGAGGAGCAGCAGGAGCAGCAGGAGUUGCAAGAGUCGCCGGCGGAGCAGCAGCAAGAGUUAGAGCAUGAAGUGGAGGAGCAAGUGCAGGAGCAUGUGCAGGAGCAGGAGCAUGAGUUGGAGGAGGAGACGCUGCAGAAGCAGCAGCAGCAAGAGGAGGAGGAGAUGGAUGAGGAGACGCCACAACUGGAGCCGGAGACAGAACCGGAGCCAGAACCGGAACCAGAACUGGAGCUCAAGGAGUCGGGACAGGAGUGCAAUACAGAUGCGCGCAUCUGUGCGGUGAUGACACAUCCAAUCCCUGGCUACAAUCACACCUUUAUGCUCUGCUCCCUCACCAACAACAACAACUAUACGCCGCUGAACAACGAAGCACUCUAUUUGGACAGUGAGAAUCAUUUGGUGCCGGUGCCGCUGGAGGCGUUGACGGAAACGCCACGCCUACCCGAUGGACAUCCGCUGUCGGCGGUGUUUGUGCUGCAGGGUGAGGAAAUGGCGCAGGUGGCACAGCAGCAGCAGCAGCAACAACAACAGCAGCAGCAGCAGGAACAACCACAACAGCUUGGUGGUCAAGUGGCGCUCAGCGAGGAGGAGGAGGAUGAGGAUGCAGUGCAGCAGCAGCAGCAGCAGGGGCAACAACAGGGCAGGAGACUGGUGAGAGAUCAAGUGGAAAUGCUGGGCAUUAUGACGCCACUCAGUCAAGUAGCUGAAGCUGGAGCGGAUUACGCUGUGCAGCAGCAGCAGCAGCAAGAUAAUGAUCAUGAUGGGGAAGAGGAGGAGGAGGAGGAGGAUGGCGAGCAAGCGGAGGGCGAGGGAGAGGAGGAGGAGCUGACCAACCAGGAGGAGAUGUAUCAGCUGCAAUCGAAUGUACUGCAGCUGAGCGUCAAUGGACAUCAUCUGGAGCUGACCACCGAGGUGCUAAUGAACAUAGCGGAGCAACAGGAUGACAUUGUGAUUGAAAUCGAUGGCGGUGGUCGGGCCAUGCUCCAUGCCAGCGAUAUAUUGCAGGCGGCCAAGAAUUAUCUGCAGGAACGUGAUCUACAGCUGGUCAACGUCGAGGACAUGUCGCUCGAGGAGGAUGCAGGGGAGUGGGUGGUGGGAAUGGAAGUGGCAACUCCACCCACAGAUUUGCUAGCAGAAGCGCUCGCUGGCAGCGAUGUGGGCGUUGUGGAUGUGGUUGAUGUGGUGGCCAAUGCGGGCGUUGGUCUGCUCCACAUUGAUACACAUCAGCAGCAGCAGCAGCAACAGCAGCUGGAGCAGCAGCUGGAGCAUCCCACGGUGCAUCAUCAUCAUCAUCCCGGCAUUGAGUUUAUUCAGCUGCCGGUGAGCACAGCUCAUCUGACGCCUCCCAUAACGGCGCGCACGAAUGAAACGAAUGCUCUGUUGGAUCAGACGCCCAUCAUGUCCACCCUGGAGAAUCCCAGCUGUGCAGCGGCUCAGCUGCGUCGUGUCUCGCCCCUCACCGAGGGCAAUCUCGAGGAUAGUCUCGCUGUCAUCGGUGUCACCAGCAAUGGCGGCACCAGCGGUGUACCCACCUCCCUUGAGCUGCCCAUCACAGUCACAAAUCCAGCGAUAGCCACGCCACGCCCACCUCAUCCGCCUCAUCCGCCGCCCACGCCCGUCAAUGACCUCGUCAAGUUUGUGUCUCCCUUUCAGUAGAGACACCCACUAUAUUUUUUUUUUCUAAUUUUAGUUUAUAAAUAAGCCUAGAAUUGUAACAUUUAAUUUGGAAAAACAUCUACAAGAACAAUCACACAUUUUUUGUGUUCAGCGUCUCGACUCGAAGCAACGAAUUUGCUGUGUUGUUGUUGUUCUUUGUGUUUUUUGCUAGAAUCAUAAAUUAUUUCUUUAUGUUGCCUGUGACAUUUGACAUAUUUCAAACCAAGUGAAAAGUUAUGUUAUUUAAUUUGAUGUCCUUUAUUUAAAAUUAAAGAAAAAAAAAAACACAUUUAGCUGCUAAGUCGCUAGUUAUAAGAAAUGAAUUAGUUAAAAAUUCAAUUUGUUUUUUUUUUUUUUUUUGCAUGAGUUUUGUGCUUAAAUAAACUAAGUUUUUACAAAAAAAAAUAAUGCUGACAACCCUGGCAACUCAAACGCACUCUCUUUCCUUUUUUUUUUUUAUUUGUUUUUUUUUUCAAAUGUAAGAAUGUUUUUUAAAUAAAGUAGCUUAAAAAAAAAACAGCUACAAUUAAGAAUUAAGAACAUAAAAAAAAUCAAGAUAGAGAACAAAAGCAAAUAAAAUAAGAGAUAAACAAAGUAGACAAAUUAAGUAUAUAGUUUAAAACAAAACAAAAAAUACAUAAAUAUUUAUAUAUAAGAAAUAUAUACAACAUAGUAAGAGAAGCAGUAAGAAAAAAGCGAGAAGAAGAGAGAGGAAGCAAAGUAGAUGAGUUACAAAUAAUAUUUUAAAAAAUUAAUAUAUAUGUAUGUACAAUGCUAAACUAUAAGUUGUAAACUGAACAAAAAAAAAAAAACAACAACAAAAAAAAACAAAAUGAGCCGAGAAAAAAAAUUUAAUUUAAUUAUUUUUUUUUUA